AAACAACUCUCUCUCUCUUCUAAUCUUCCUAUAAAAUGCCGUCUCUCCUUUCAUCAAGCAACUUAUCACUCAAACAAAAGGCAAGCUUUAGCUAUAGCUAAGUUUCAGAUGCAGACUUUCAAGAACUUUUCCAUCAUUUUCCUUGGCCUAUUCCUUUUCCUUUGUUCUGCAUUGUCCUUGGCAAAUGCAGAAGUUCAACAACAUCAAUUUGUUAUCCAAGCAACAAAAGUGAAGAGGCUGUGCAAGACUCACAACAGCAUCACUGUUAAUGGCAUGUUUCCUGGACCCACCCUGGAGGUCAGGAAUGGAGACACCCUUGAAGUUAAAGUUGUCAACAAAUGCAGAUAUAAUGUCACCAUUCAUUGGCAUGGUGUUCGGCAAAUCAGAACCGGAUGGGCAGAUGGACCGGAAUUUGUGACUCAGUGCCCAAUUAGGCCAGGAGGAAGUUACACAUACAGGUUUACAAUUCAAGGACAAGAAGGAACAUUGUGGUGGCAUGCUCACAGCUCGUGGCUUAGAGCCACUGUUUAUGGAGCUCUGAUCAUCCAUCCGAGAGAAGGCGAAUCCUACCCUUUCCCUAAGCCAAAGCGCGAAACACCAAUUUUACUCGGUGAAUGGUGGGAUGCAAACCCCAUUGAUGUUGUGAGGGAAGCAACAAGGACAGGGGCAACUCCAAAUAUUUCGGAUGCGUAUACCAUCAAUGGUCAACUUGGUGAUCUCUACAAAUGCUCCAGCAAAGACACUACAAUAGUUUCCAUUGACUCCGGUGAGACCAACCUACUCAGAGUCAUCAAUGCAGCCUUGAACCAACCGCUUUUCUUCUCGGUGGCCAACCAUAAGUUCACAGUUGUUGGUGCUGAUGCCUCCUACACCAAGCCCUUCACCACUUCGGUCCUCAUGCUAGGCCCUGGCCAAACCACUGAUGUUCUGAUCACAGGUGACCAGCCACCGGCUAGAUACUACAUGGCAGCCCGUGCCUACCAAAGCGCCCAAAACGCACCCUUCGACAAUACUACCACAACAGCCAUUCUUGAAUACAAGUCAGCCCCUUGCCCUGCCAAAAAAGGCCUUGCACCCAAACCAAUUAUGCCUUCUCUGCCAGCCUACAAUGAUACCAACACUGUCACAGCCUUCAGCCGAAGCUUUAAAAGUCCACGAAAAGUUGAAGUCCCAACUGAUAUUGACGAAAGCCUGUUCUUCACAGUUGGUCUAGGACUCAACAACUGCCCACCAAAUUUUCAUAAAAGUCGUUGUCAAGGACCAAACGGUACACGUUUCACUGCCAGCAUGAACAAUGUCUCAUUCGUGUUCCCACGAAACUUCUCUCUGUUACAAGCUCACCAGCAAGGCAUUCCAGGAGUUUUUACAACAGAUUUUCCCAGAACCCCUCCAGUGAAAUUUGAUUAUACUGGAAAUGUGAGCCAAUCACUUUUCCAACCAAUUGCAGGAACUAAGCUGUACAAAUUGAAGUAUGGUUCAAGGGUACAAAUUGUGAUUCAAGACACAAGCAUUGUCACACCUGAGAACCACCCAAUUCAUCUUCACGGAUACGAUUUCUACAUCAUUGCAGAAGGUUUUGGAAACUUCAAUCCUAAGAAAGAUACUUCUAAAUUCAAUCUUGUCGAUCCACCUCUCAGGAACACAGUUGCAGUGCCUGUGAAUGGAUGGGCAGUCAUUAGAUUUAUUGCUGAUAAUCCAGGUGUAUGGCUAAUGCACUGUCACUUGGAUGUUCAUAUCACAUGGGGUUUGGCCAUGGCUUUCAUCGUUGAAAAUGGAGUUGGAGAAUUACAGACUCUCCAACCACCACCGCCUGAUUUGCCUUUGUGUUAGGAUUCAUCAUCGGAAACAGUACGAUUAUUGAAAUUUAUACGCCCAAUAAGAAGGGCUCAUUACCUUCUUUCUUGUUAGUAUCAUUUUUUUCUUGUCAUUUUCAUAGCAUACAAAUUCAGGGUUAUUUUUCCUGCAACUGGGGUACCUGUUCAUCCCCUGUUUCAUUGUUUCCUUCGGACAGAUAAAGCGGGUGUUAUAGGAGAUGGUGCUGUGGUUGAAACUUUGAGUACCAUCUAAUUUAGCUUCGAAACCCGCCAUGUUUCUCGAUUUAGUUGUAUUCUUUUCCCUACAUCUAAAUUUUAAAGAUAAAUUUGAAGCUUUUAGAAUUAUGAGUGGUUUAUUUCUUUUCAUAAUGUAGUUGGAACUUCAUGAGCAGUUUUAAAGAAAGACGAAAGAAGAAAAUUGGAAGGAUUAGUCAAUUGUGGGUAUAACAAUAUUGACAUUAAUAAGGAAAAUAAUUCAGAUUUUGGAUGCUAAUGGAAGAUAGAAGGCUAGAAUUACAAGUAAUUAAGCCUCC